UUUUUUGCUGAAAUGUUCACAUUCAAAAUGGUGGCUUCUAUAUCACCAAGUGUAUCUCAGUUAUAGAAGAUGGAUCCAUCUAUUGCCAAAAGUGUUGUUCUCUGGUGUAUUAUCCAGUGUUGUUGUCCAGAACAUUUCCAAAGAAACAAGUUUACAUGGCUUUUAGGUGUUAAUUUAAGUGGUCUUUUUGAGAUUUCACAUACACAGCUGUGAAAUGUUUCUAGAAAAUAGACUUCCAAUAGUGAAACUUAACAUUGUUGUAGUGAAAGUAAACCAUAUUGGUGUGGAUAGUCAGAGGGAUGGUGGUAGUGGUGUGGUCUUUUCUGUCUGUUUUUUGUGAUGUUCUUACCAUCGGCAUUCUCAUUUACUGGGUCGGGAUAUGGUGUGUGCAUCUCAUUGGAAUUGUUUAUGGUUGCCGAAAGUUCAGACGGAGAGCAACCAUCCAAUCAUUUGAUGAUGCGGUGGAGAAAGGAGAUGCCGUGGUGGGCGUCACUGUUCUCAAGCCUCUUGUCAGCAAACCCAUGGACCCUAAUCUCAUGACCAAUUUAGAAUCUUAUUUCACUAUAUCAUAUCCUAAGUUUGAGUUGCGGUUCUGUAUAGCUGAGGAAGGCGACCCCAGCAUCAUGGUUGUGAAGCAGCUCAUGAGCAAAUAUCCUAAUGUUGAAGCAUCUUUACACAUUGGUGCUGCUGAUGUAGGCGUGAAUCCAAAGAUCAACAACUUGUAUAAAGGCUACCAUGCUGCACGCUACCCAUUGUUGCUCAUGAGUGAUGCCGGCAUCUUCACAAAGCCUGAGGUGCUGACAGAAAUGGUCAGCUGCAUGACUGAAAACGUUGGCAUUGUCAUGCAGCUGCCUUACACCACUGACAGGAAAGGCUGGGCAGCUUCCUUAGAGAAGGUGAAUUUUGGUGGGAAUCAAGCUCGUUUCUCCCUCUUCCUCAAUCUCCUGGACCAACUGAAGAUGAGAGCUAAUCUCUGCAUUGGCAUGUCCAUUCUCAUGAGAAAGCAGAUCUUUGAACAUGCUGGUGGUAUUGAGGCUUUCAGUCCUUACCUGGCAGAAGACUAUUUCUUUGCCGAGUACUGUCAGCGUCACGGGUGGGGCGUUCGGCUGUCUUCUCAUCCAGCACUGCAGAACCACGGUGUAUACUCCGUAGACUUCCACUUCUCCAGACUUGAGAGAUGGACCAAACUAAGGCUAAAGAUGGCACCUUUUGCCACGUUCAUCGAGCCGACGACAAAAUGCAUCCUCUUGGGCUUGGUGGCUGCUGCUGCUGCGACCGUGCAGUUCCAAGCUGAUUUUCUUGCCUUCUUCUUGUUUCAUCUACUCGCCUGGAUCCUCUCAGACUGGCUGCUGCUCAACAUCAUUCAGAAUGGCUCGCCUCCCUUCAGCAAGUUUGAGUUCGCGGUAGCCUGGCUGUUCCACGAACUGAGCGCGAUAUUCGUGCACGUGAAGGCCCUGCGAGACCCUGUGAUAGACUGGCGCACGGCGCGCUAUGUGUUGCACUGGGGCGGGCGAGCUGAGAAAAUUGAUCUGGUCUCCCCGCCUGCCAUUAGCCACAGUGCGUCCGAAAAAACCUCUCAGCCACAGCCCGCGUAUCCGCUCAAUGACGAUUGCAGUGAAACUAAUAAAGAUUCCCGAGUGUCUAUAAUAUAAGUGUUAGUAGUCACGCUAGAGAAUCAUAGUAUUUAAACAAUUAAUAGCGACAGAAUUUUGUGUGAUAUUUUUACAAACUUUGUGAAGCAUUGCUGUAAGUUACUUCUUGCCAGUCGAGAAAGGCCCGUAUUACCCAUACCAAAUAUUUGACACUAAAGUGCUGUCUUUUUACGGUGUCUAAAGUUCAUGUAAGUUCGGUAUGUAUUUGUAAACAUAUGCCUAGGGACCUACUUGCAUGAUCUUGAUAAUGUACUGUUGAUAUUGAAGUUGCCGUUACUUUGUGGCCAGAUUUUUACUUUAGACGAUACUUCUUGUUUCUCUCGUCUACUGGCGAACGAAAGCCGCUUUAUUGUUCUUUCAAAUACUGAAGUUUUCAUGGUUAUAUUUGUAUAAUUUGCUGUCGUAUAGCAUUGUACGUCAAUCAGUUCAUUUUGAUGCAAUUUCAAGGAUGAUAAUAUGUUGAUCACGACCAAGCUUUGUCUUGUCACUCGAUCGCCAUGUGAACAGUUUUCUAGCUUUACCAACAGUCUCGCGUGCGCAGAUCUCAUUGAGUGUUGUGUUAGUAUCAUGAUUAGUUUGAUGAAUCGCACGCGACUGUCGUUUCUGAUAUUUCACCACGCAAGUGACUCUUCUAAUGUUCUUCUAUACGUUCUAUCUGCUUAAUUAUUACAUGUCAAGUUUGCUAUGCAGUCAUCCUUUUAUUAUAAAAAACAUUUAAUGUUUAGCUGGACCCAAAAGGCAGAACAUUUCCUAAGUGUUCACAUUCUUAAAAAGGUCGAGUUUCUCUACUUUGAAGGAACUCUUAAAGCACGAUAAUGUCGAAAAAAAAGUUUGUGUGUGUGAAUGAGGGAGUAAAGUUAUUUUUUAGUAUUAAUUCAUGCAUAAGUAUUUCACUUCUAGAUCCUCUGGAAUAACGUGAAUUAUUUGAACAAUGUAAGCAGAAAUGACCGUCGCAUUCUAUCAUUUGCAUUGCAGAAACGUUGCUUUGACUGUAGCUUGGAUAUAAGGGAUAAUAUGUUGAAUACUUUUACGAUAAAUAUUCAUAGACGUCUCUUCAGGAGAUUAAAUUAUUGAAUGUUUAAUGUAUUGCAAUUUUUACGACUUGAAAUUUAACAUAAUGACCAUUUAAUACUUCGUUGUCAAUUGAUGUCCGCUUAUAAAUUUUUGUUGCUCAUCUCCGAAUUCAAUGAAGGCUUGCUAGGCGUUUUGGCCAUCGCGUAAAAUUCGUCUGUUCUUUUGAAGUUUGACUCGAACCAGGAUAAUAGCUUUUAUAAUAGAGUAAUGCUGUCAGAAAUUCUUUAUCUCUUUGAAGGUGCAUUUGUCGUCUUUCCGCUUGCGUCAAUCUUUGUGUCGUUUCUCUUUUCCAUUCUCACGCGUGAAUCUUGACCAUAAAAAGUAUAUGUGCUUCAAUGAAAUGAGGUUUAUUUUGUGGUAUCGAGGUGCGGAAUUUGAAUAGGCACCCAUCCAUAGAAAAUAUUUGGUAUCUUUCUGCACAUGAAACCGAAGUUGAUCGAGAUGUAGCAAGUACGGAACGGCCCGGUGUCGGUUAUUACUUUAUUAGUAGGGAUUAGUACGGUUAGAAUUCUAUUUUAUGGCGGCUAUGAUGCUCAAUCGAACUCAUGGUUAUUGCACCAAUGAACGCUAAGAAUUUUUAUUUUCCGGAAACUUCGAGUGCCAGUAGUUCUUGUCGUGUGGCUUAGUGCAGGAAUAUUCUUAAUGUAUUUAAUAUUAUAGGAUUUAAUGCUGAAGUAACAAUUUCCGAAGACAUUUCAGCAGCAAUAUCAUCCAUCAUUGUGACUUCGGCCGAGUGAACUUGUGUGUUUAGGGCUACUUUGGUGUAAUGCUAUUUCACGAAUGUUAGGUUUGGUUAUUAUAACAAACUCAUGUCUUCAUUGAGUUAUCAGUGACGUUUCACGUUCCAAUGUUAGUUCCCCGUUCGCACUGCCAGUUCUGUCGAGAAGGCUUACGAUUAGCUGUAAAUUCAAAUGAGAGCAGCGUUAAAUUUUUGAAAUCAAACAACUUGUAUUAAGUGACAUCAGCUGUAUCAUACAGUACACGGUCUUGAGAUCAUGAAA